GGUAUUUAGCCGUUUGUCUGUUGAAAAAGAAAAUUCACUGAAAAACAGUAUAUAGUACAUAGUGUAAUUUGUCAGAUUCAGAUCUAUUUUGUCUAUUUGUCAUUGUGUGUCGAAAAGUGGUUUUGUUUUAAGUGAAAACGGCGUUUAAAAGUUGGACUGAAAACCAACCCGUAAGCAAGUGAAAUAUUUGUACCGUUUCCGGUUAGUAGAGUUAUAUAUUGUGUCAACAAAACUGUUUUCUAACAGUGCGGAAAACUUUCGAUAUGGUUGGUUCGCAGGGGACCUCCCAGUUUUAUGGCCAGCAGAUCCCUGAUGAUAGCGAUGCAGUAUUACUGGCACAGAUUCCGACCAACGAUCUGAUGGUUAUAGAUGGUAUGUUUUCCCAGGAGUUGCUCAAAGAAGACAUGGAGCAAUGCGAGCAACUGGUGCUGCCACCAGCAACUCCGAUGUAUAUGUUAGACCAUAUGAACAAAACGCCUACAUUGGAGGAGUACCAUGAGCCAGCGUUUGAUUUCCAAGUGGAUUUGAACGGAGAAAGCAGUAGCAAAUCCAGCUGGAUGUUCUCCUCACCGCUCAACAAAGUAUACGUUAAGAUGGGCCAGACAUGCACGUUCAAUGUCUCGUACCAGUCGCUAAACUAUCAAGAUCUUUUCGUGCGGGCUAUGCUGGUCUGCUCAUCUCCGGAAGAUAUGCAUCAUCCUGUGUUUCGAUGUGAGAACCACCGGCGCAGUGAUAACACAAUUCCUAAGCUUCCUGAAGAGUUACAGACUCACGUGAUGCGUUGUUAUAAUCCGUCUGCCCAGUACGUCGGUGUUGAAAGUGGCAUAGCCUAUAAAGAUCGCUUGGCGAUAUUGAUACCGCUCGCAUCGUCAACAGUAGAUCAUACGUCGCUUAGUGUUUCACUAGGUUUCGUCUGUCAGAAUUCGUGUCGAAUUAUCAAUCGCCGUCCGACCGCUAUCGUUUUUACUCUGGAGGAUAUCAAUGGACGUAUACUUGGAAGAAAAGCAUUACAUUUGAAAGUGUGUAGCUGUCCGAAACGCGAUAAGCAAAAGGAAGAACAAGGGCUAGUUCCGACUAAACGCAAGAGCUCAGCUGAUGCGUUGCAGGUCGCACCAGAGACCAAAGUAGCCAAAACGUCCAGUGCACAUCGCCAUCCAUCUGGCUCGAAGCAGAUUUUACUGGAAAAACUGGCUUCUAUUAAAAAAGAAAGAUCACCCGAAUCUUCACCGACUGGAAGAAAGCAUCAUCACCGUCGUCAUCACACUCGUCGUGCACGAUCACUAACUCCAUACAGCAGCCAAGAGCUGGUCGAUCAAACGGCUACCACCAUCAGUGUGCCGAUGCCGAGUGUACAAGCGGCUGUUAAGGUUGCCGAAUACGCAUUCCAGGUUGUCGCUGGGGAACUGGUGCGAUGCGGUGGUGAGGACGAACGUAAAAACCUUGCCGCAUACCUGACUCAAAUCCGCCGGCUGCAGAAAACCCUUAAAGGCGGCCACACUGCCAGCAGCUCCGAUAGCUCCUCGGAUUCCGAUUAGCGAAAUUAAUUGCAUGUACUGGAAUGUUAUUUCACAUAUUAUAAUUCUUCAAAAAAUCCACGUAGAUGUAGGUUUGUAGUACGUAGUUCGAUUGGUUAUGAGCAUAAUCAAUAUUCAUUAAAACAAAGCUAGUAUUAUGUUGAAUGUAAUACAUUUUAAAUAACCCAUUGAUAACCGUUUAGAGUUACAUUUACCUACUGCUUAAAAGAGCUUACUUGAUAUAAAUACCAGUGCUUAUAACACGUACCUUCGUGACUGGAAAUAGUUAUAGGGAGAAACCACGUUUUCGUCGUUUAUUUUAAGCUACCUCUGAGAUCAAAUCUGUCGACCAUUGUCGAAUUAUCUAUGUUUUGAAUUCCUAUUUUUUCCCGAUGUGCCAAUACAUACGUCUUUAUCUGAUCUAGGAUUACAAAUAUUAGCUAGAUUUUCUUGUUCUUUUCAUUGCACUUCAUUUUUCUAUUGCCGAUCGGUGCAAUUUUUCGUAUACCGUUCAAUGAUCGGGUUUUAAAAUGCAACUCGUUUUAUAUUUGUUCCACUAGAUUAGACGAUUAUAGAAUUAGAUAAAACAUGUGUACCUUAAUCAUUUUUAAAAUCGGAACACAAUUUACGAAUAUAGGUACUGUUGUAGAAUGAUAAGUGCACUUCUGUGAUGGUCUGUAUAAGACAGAAGGUGAUGCAAAAGUGCUAUGACAAGUACUUUCUAAAAAACACUCUAAGGAUAAAGCAUUCUUUGAACAAACAAAAUGUUAUUACUAUUGACGAAAAAAUCGAAAAAAAAACUAGCAGAAAAAGAGAAAAACAAACCAUUCUCAAGAAGCUACACAAAAAUGAAAAUACAAA